GUCAAAAUCGUGCUGUCACAAAAAAGUUUAGAAAACGUGAGACGCCUUGAUUCCUCCGAUUUUUUUGUAAAUUCUCUCACAAAACAACGAUGUCAGAUCUUGGUUUGGACUCCAAAGUCGAUCCUGAGUUGCAGGAAUUCAUUCAUGCGCAACAACAAAAGGCUCAGAUGACGGCACGAAUUCUUGAGUUUUCCGAGACCUGCUGGGACAAAUGUGUCGAUAAACCAGGCAAAAAGCUCGAAAGCCGACAAGAAACGUGUUUGGACAACUGCGUGAACCGAUUUAUUGACACGAGCUUGUUUAUCGCAAAUCGCUACGCACAGAAGAUACAGAAACAAUCCGGGGGAUACUAGAUUUUUGCAUUUUUUUCAUUAUUUUUUUUUAGUUAAGUGGUCGUUGUUUAAAUGAAUCCGCAUCAGUAACGGACAUAAAUGGAGGAAUAAAUUGUUAUUUCUUGUGAAAUAGGACAAAAAA